GGGAAACAAACACGUGUACACAGACGCACUCAACAAGCCACACGUAGAACCCCUGCUGGCCUGUUCCUGUUCCUGUUCCCGAUGCCACCGCCAAGGUAUUUACCCAUGAUGUCUCUCUUAUUCAAGCCAAGGUGCCAAAAUCCUAUAAAAAUGGUGCAAAAUUCGCACUCCCUAACUCGAAUUCAUGAUUCGAUUCGCCAGUACCAUACCAUACGUACCAUCGCAGAGGUCAUCCGUUUCUAUUACUAGUUCGUGCUCUCCAGUCCAAUCAGUAAAUUUCACUAUUCACUCCUAAAUACUUAAAAAGGUACUCUAGAAAACAGUCAUGGCAGUUGGAGCUCCAAUUCCAAUAUGUGUGCAGUGUGGCACGGCCGGCAACCCCUGUAGGUGCAAGGUGGUGGGUCCGACGCUCGGGUUCUUGGCAUUUGCGGCCGCUGCGCUGGUGGAGUGGCCUGUCGGUGCUCUGGUUUAUUGCUUUCGCCACAUGAAGGGCCGCCGCAUCAUGGCUCAUCCAGCCACCGUCGUUUUUCCUUCCGUCUCAAAUUCCAUCCCUAUUUGAGAUUUCGCGUCACGACGGUAGUGAGAUAUACUUAGUACAUUGAUCUUGUCACAUACAUGAUACAUGUGGGUGUUGUUGUUGACUUGUUGUCUUGUUCUGUUCUUAUUUUUUUCACUAGUCUAUUAGUUUCUUCACCAUUGUUGUCUGUCUAACUCUUUCGUUUUCUUUUCUCCCCCUCCUCUUUUAAUUUUCCUUUUAUUUAUGAAUGAAUGGUGCUAUGAUGUUUUUGUGAUUGAUCUACUGAGUAGUGUUUGUCUUGUCCUCGUUACCCUGACCUGAUCAAUCAUUUCUCCAGUGGAUUUCUUGGGGCUUAAAACAAGCAAAUAUGCUCCGGCUGGUGAUCAGGAUGCAUAACCAUUAAUCCGUAGCUGGUGUAUCAAUAUAUCGGAACUUAUCCAAAACAAAAGGUCGUCUGAUAAGUUGUCCUUUCAGCAGAAAUUUGAAGGUUUCGAGUUUCCAAACUAAUAGUCUGCAUCCUGUCUAUUUUAUCACAAGGAAACCUGCUUCAGCC